AUGGAUAAAGUUGAUGUAAAUGACGGUGUAUUCAGUGCACUAGAGGCUGGAGUGCCGUGGACCACACCAUUAUCCGGUUGUUUUGAUGAUGUGGAUACUUGUGUUUAUGGGCUCUGGUGUCUUCCAUGCUUAUUCGGUCAAAAUGCUAAACAGAUCGAUGGCACUGACUGUACUACAAUGUGCUGUCUCUAUUCGCUUUUAGGGUGCCUUGGUAUGUGUUGGAUACCGCAUGUAUUGAAGAGAAAAAUACUACGUCAGAAAUAUUCCCUGAGAGAAGAACCGUGCGAAGAUUCGUUUGCCACUUGUUGCUGUGGUCCAUGUGCUGUUUGUCAGGAAACUCGGGAAUUAAAAGCGAGAGCUGGAUCUACAUGGAUCCCUAGAGUCGCACCCGUUCGUCAACAACCAGUAGUGGCUUAUCGACGAUAA